UAGAAAUUAAGCUCCUUGUUUGGUUCCAAAAGUGAAGUAAUUAAGACAAAGUUCACCACUUAUAAUGAAGAUUGAGAAUGGCCUAAUCGCAUGGAACGGUCAACGGGCAGAUGGCCCUGCAAAAAUAUUGGCGAUUGGAACGGCCACUCCCUCUCACUGGGUUGCUCAGAGCGACUACCCGGAUUUCUAUUUUCGUGUCACAAAUAGUGAACAUUUGCAAGAUCUCAAGGAUAAAUUUAGGCGCAUUUGUGGUAGAACUAUGAUCACGAAAAGGCAUAUGAUAUUAACUGAGGAAACCUUGAAGGGAAAUCCAAAUUUAUGUACAUUUAGUGAACCUUCUUUAAAUAUUAGACAAGAUAUCUUGAUAUCUGAAAUACCAAAAUUGGGGAAAGAAGCUGCCCUCAAAGCAAUAGAGGAGUGGGGCCAGCCCAUAUCCAACAUCACCCAUCUAAUCUUUUGUACAAGAAGUGGGCUGGACAUGCCCGGCGCAGACUACCAGCUAAUCAAGCUUUUGGGCCUCAGCCCAUCAACGCAACGAUUCAUGUUAUACCAACAAGGUUGUUUCGCCGGGGGUACGGUUCUCCGACUUGCCAAGGAUAUAUCCGAGAACAACAAAGCCUCACGCAUCCUUGUAGUGUGCUCCGAAAGCUCGGCUAUUGGGUUCCGUGGUCCAAGCCCGGAUCACGUAGAUAAUCUCGUGGCCCAAGCAUUAUUUGGUGAUGGGGCUGCUGCAUUGAUAGUGGGCUCAGACCCCAUACCCAAUAUUGAGAAGCCCAUAUUUGAAAUUUUAUCAGCGGCCCAAACCUUUGUGCCUAAUGGUGACUACCAUCUUGCAUUGCACCUUCGUGAAUCGGGCCUAUCUUUCCACGGAACAAAGUCGGUGCCAUCGACCAUAGCUAAAAACGCCGAGAGUUGUUUAAUUAGGGCCUUCGAAGGUUCGGGAAUCUCAGAUUGGAACUCACUUUUUUGGAUCCUUCAUCCAGGUGGGAAUGCAAUUGUGGACCAAGUGGAGAGCACAUUGGGCCUUGAGCCCAAUAAGUUGCAGGCCACACGGAACGUAUUGCGUGAGUACGGAAAUUUAUCUAGCGCUUGUGUGAUAUUCAUUAUGGACGAGGUCAGGAAGAGGUCCAUUAGAGAUGGGCUCAAGACUACUGGAGGCGGGCUUGAAUUCGGAGUGGUUUUAUCGUUUGGGCCCGGUCUUACUAUUGAGACAAUAGUCCUCCGCAGCUUACCCAUUUGAGAUUUAUAUUUUUAUAUGUCUAUAUAUUUCUUGUAUGUUUCCUUGUAUUAUAUGCAUACGGUAUCGAAUUGAAUAAAGAGAUACAAAAUCAAUUUAUGGAAAUGGAGAGAGUAUUAAUCUUCAUUGCCUUGUCGCAAAAUAACAACAAAAGUGUAUCUUGGUGUAAGAGAUGUGAUGGCUUUAUUAUAACUUUUUUGUAUCAUAUAGAAUAUAUUUAUGAUAUUUGAACGUAAUGUAUGGACUCAUUGAAAGUGUAUGAGAAA